AUGGGAAGCAACUUCGCAGAUUUGCCAUCAUACCAGGACGCCACGGCACGGCCGGACUGGCUAGAGCUCGUCGCGCCAUGGCUACCCCUCCGAGACUACCCGCGCUUAUACCAUGUGUGGCUUUCCCGAUUUGUGAGACGUUGCCCUCACUUCACAGUGGCAACGCGCAGUGGUCUCGUCCGGUCCUUUGAUACAAGAAACUUCUUCCCUUGUAUCGAUGACGGGGUUUCGCGGUACACCGGGGCCAGCGGAGCUGCUUCGUUUCCUGAUGUGCUGUCGUCCAUCGCACAUAUCUUCCCACGGUUGAGAUUGCCUUUACCUUGGGCGCGGAAACCGCCGAUGCUUUUGAGCCUUGCGCGAUCUCAUGGCGUGUUGCCGACGUCUUUCUUGUCCAGCCCGUAUUUGAAGAGCUUGCUGUACCUGGACAUUUCUAAUAUGCCUGGUUCGCUGAAGUAUGCUCUCAGCCAGGGGGCCCGAGGUCGGGAGAUGGAUAACUACACGGCCACUCUGCUCUUCAAAGCCUUCUGGGAACAAAUGUGGAGCGUGGACCUGAGCGGGAACAAGCUCACGGACGAGAUCCUCGAUACUAUGCACCAGUUCUCCUUCCCCUCCGAGACGUCCAGGGCAGAUCACUCCGCGGUCGAGGGCAAGUUGUCGUUUUCUCCAAAUGGUACUCCGCUGUUCGGGCACGGUACCUUCAGUCACCCUCACAGACAUGUCGCCGACGCCCCAUCGUAUACCAUCCGCGCUGAAGACGGCGCUCACUCUAUCGCCACGCCCCGCCUGAACGGUCGCGCCUUGGUAUCUGGUAGCGUAGGCUCUCAUACGCCCCGAUUGGAUUCCGUGAAAAGUUUAGAUAUCUGCCGCGGCCACCAAGGUAUCACUCACCUCUAUCUCAACGGUAACAACAUAUCUGCCGCUGGGCUCGCCCGGAUCAUCCGAUCAUCUCCCGGCCAGCUGCAACGCCUUGAAUGCGCUCCGCCGUCCUGGCUCUCCAAGGCGAGUAUGUCCGGCACGCUGGGAUGGGCCCACACCUUUCGGCCAGUGUUUUCGUCCAACCUCCAGAUGCUACGAAUUCACCACUCGUUUGUCACGCGGGUGCUGUCUCUCGAACUCGAGGGUACCCAGCUACUCCCGAGGGCCGACAUUGCGUAUCCCGAAGUGUUUGUGCCGGACAUGAAUCCUCGGAUACAGUCGCUUGUCUUGACGCGGAUUCCGAGGUCCUUCUUAAAGCUUGCAUCCAUGCAGGAGCGGGCGAUACAGGACAUCGGGAGUGAUAGCCGGCAUGCCCCAAUGACACUUCUCGGGCUUCGGCAUAUCCGCCUCGAGUUUGAACCGGACUUUCGAGACGAGUUGCAGUCUGUGUCUGACCUCGUGAAGGACGAUAGUAAUGGCUUUAGUUUCUUUGGGAACUCGGGCUGGUCGUCUUCACCGUCCGCUGUGGCGGGGCCAUCUAGGCCAACACAGACCGCAGAGAAUGCUGUUCCCUCUCCGCCUGAUUUACACAAUACCCCCGAAACACAACCCACAACUGAGACAGGCGACUUGCCCCAGCCGGCUGAAGUGAGCUUACCACGCCCUCCUUCCUACUAUGCGGAAGCAACUAUCCCAACAGCAACACGCACAAAUCAACCUCUUCCCCAUAGUCCCCACGAGAAGCAUAUCUGGAGUUGGAACGGCAACCGUCAGUCCACCCAGGUUUGGGCCGGGCCGUCAAUCACCGCAAUUCAAGGGGCCAGCAACCACCACGACAUCAGUCUCAAACCAGCUAUUCGGGAAUACGCCUGGCUUCUACACACCCACCCUCACCUACACAGAGACCCCGUGCCCGCCUCGCCCUGUCACAUCUCCGCCGGCGUCCUGCCUGGGGAACUCGUCUUCUCCGCCGCGUGGGAGAGUAUUUUAUGUCCUCCUGGGACUAGUCUCAAGGACCCCUCAACUCCUAACACCAACAAGACACCUUCUCGUCCAACUCCGACACGCGCCCAGCUAGUCGGCAUGCGAGAUGUUCUCGCGGAAAUCAAGGCAUAUAGAAGGGAAACCAAAGCUGCUUCCGAGAGAGCUAGGCGGGAGGCUCGCGUUGCUGGGAAACAGGACGGUGAGGUGAAACUAGGCGCUCCGCAUUUUCAUUGGAGUGGAAAGCUAGAGGUAGAGAUUCAUGGGGGAGGAUAUGCUUCGGGGCGGUAUUGGCGGUAG